GGUGCAUUAUGGGGAAAGUCGUUGCCAUUCGACCUCUGCAAGCCUGCGCGGACGCAGCUAGAACCCUGAAAUUCAUUAUGCGUUUAAAAGCUUUAUUUAUUUCCGCAUAACCUACAUACUCUCACCAGGAGGCCAAAGCGGGAAAAAACGACAACCAGCCAUUUAAUUCGGAUCCGUACCAUAUAAUACUUAAAGAAAUAUAAAUUAGUAGUAAUAUUGUUAAGAAAGUGGUAGAUUUUAAUAUAUUAAGAAAAUGUCCGGAGAGAGAAACCGCAGGUCUCUGGCGUUCGGAGGAGGUGGAUUAGCGGUAACCAGCUCCAGUGGUGUCGGUGGGGGCAACAGUAACAGCUGGGAGGCCCAGGCCUGUCAAGACCGACAUUUGAACGGGAACAGGCCAGAUCAAGAAGAGGAUAGGGAUCUGGGAGCAAAAGGACCAUCGCAAGGGAGAGUGGAGGGUGGGGGAUCUGUCAGCGAUAGCGCAGAACCAGAGGCUGAGGAGGAAGAGGACCCGGAAGGGGGCAAAUGGGCAGCCGGGGUAGGAGACGAUCGUGUCGGUUGGGUGGCAGUAACUGUCGGAGAAGACGAGUCCAGGGAAGGGAGUAGCCGGACAGCGGGUAACUGCCUGAACAACGAGGACGGCGCUGACUUGGGCAGCGGGGGCACUGGAUCCGAGGACGACAGAGGCGAAGCUGCCAGGGAAUCUUGGGUAGAAAUGAGACCGCGGACGCUACUCCAGAAACACCCCCAAUUCCAAGCUUCAUGGCUACAGGAGUUUCCAUGGCUCACAUUUUGUCAGGAGACGGGACUUAUGUCCUGCUCCUGGUGUCACAACAUUCCCACUAAAAACAACGACGAGCUGGUGAGAGGUAGUCGAAAUUACAAGCGGGCCUUGCUGCUGAGACAUCACCUGUCUUCUGAGCACGGGAGGAAUGACCCGACAAAACAGGAGCUGGAGCGGCCUGGCUGUGAGGACCCCCCCCAGGGGACAGACAUGGAGACAGAAGACUACUACAGUAAUAACAAACCUAACCAGGACUCGUACUGCUACCAGCUGCUGCAGGAACUGGACAAACAACGCAAGGGAGGAAUCCUGUGUGACGUCAACAUCGUUGUGAGUGGAGAGGUGUUCCGGGCUCACAAGAACAUCCUCGUGGCCGGGAGCCGCUACUUCAAGACCCUCUACUGCCUGACCAAGAGCGAGAACUCCUCUUCCUCAUCCUCUCCAUCUGACCAGACGACCACAGUCACCGUCACCCAUCUCGACGUGGCGGCCGGGGCGGGGUUCUCAGUCAUCCUGGACUUCCUGUAUAGCGGUAACCUCCUACUGACCAGUCAGAAUGCCAUCGAGGUGAUGUCCAUGGCCUCUUUCCUCCAGAUGACGGAGGUGGUGGGAUCGUGUCGGGGGUUCAUCAAGGAAGCACUCAACAUCAGCAUGAAGCAGGAGGCCCCGGACUCAGUGGUGGUGGAUUACAACAAAAGGAGAGCGGUGGCCAAAGACGGAGCAGGACAGCUGGGCUCGGACGGCAGCACCAACAAGAAGCCUGGAUGUAACUUCUGGGCCACCAGCAUCCUGUCCAAGCUGUCGAUAAAAGCCAGUGGUCAUGUCAACAAUGGGGAUCAGAUAGGGGGAGGCAGCGUGAAGGAGGAGCCCAGUGAUGUGAUGGUAUCUGCGGGGGAGGGCUGCGCUCUGGGGAGCUCCGGCUGGGGCUGUGAGAACUCGUCCGAGUCGGCUGAGAACGAGCCUCCGAGCGUUCCGGGGCCGGUGUUCGUCUGGAACGAGCCGGCUCCCGGUGCGGCGGCGGGCGGGCCGGUGGCAGUGAAGCGGGAAAAUCAGAAGGCGGACCUGGGGAGCGGGCGGAGGAAGAAACAGAUCACACGGCGGUUCGUCUACAACAUCCCACCGGAGUCGGAAGAAGGGUUUGACGAGGGGAUGUUCGUCCAGCCCUCAGCCUCCUACCCCAGGGAGGACUUCUCCUUCCUCUCUGAGAAUGCCGAACUGGCCAAUCAGUUUCAGUACAGCCUCCUGCAAGAGUCCCAGCAAGGGGAGUCCUGGGAGAAUGGCGAGUCGUCCGACACGGCACUGAAUAAGCUCAAGUGUCCCCACUGUAACUACAUCGCCAAGCACCGGAGAACACUAAAGAGGCACCUCAUCAUUCACUCUGGGGUCCGCUCCUUCAGCUGUGAUAUCUGUGGCAAGCUGUUCACCCGCAGAGAGCACGUCAAGAGACAUUCCCUGGUGCACAAGAAGGACAAAAAGUACAAGUGCAUGGUGUGCAAGAAGAUCUUCAUGCUGGCAGCCAGCGUGGGGAUCCGGCACGGCUCACGGCGCUAUGGUGUGUGUGUGGACUGUGCUGAAUCCCACCAGUCCACGCAGGAGGGCCUGGAGUCCCUGGAGGUGUUCGUCCGCGAGGAUGAUGACUUUGAGGGGGAGGAGCCUGACGAGGACAUGGCUGAAGAGGGGGAGGAGCCUAACGACAACGACCAAUCCAACUUGGAGGGUGACACUGGUAGUUAAAGAUUUUUUUUUUUAAAUGAAAUAAAGCUGGUAACAAUCAACAACUCCAAAGUGCUAUCAAACCUCGAGGUUACUUACACGGUUUAGUGUAUGAGACAAAGAGAGAAGCUUUGGUAGAGCGGGACUCAAGAUGUACAGAUAUUCUAUGUGUCACUCUGGGCCUAGUGCUCACUAGAGAAAGAGAGAAAUGAAAUAUUGAAAUCAGGUUUAUGGUGAUUUUGUUUUGGGGGGAGGGUGGGGGGUGUACAGCGUUUUUAGUUGCAAUAGACCAAUCAUCUUAAGAAAUAUUAUUUAAUUUAUGAAAGAGGUUUUUAUGGUCUUAUUCAAUUCUAUAAUUUUUUUCUGUUUUGUAAACUGCUAUCAAUGAGUUUCAGUAUUUGACUGUACUUUCUGUCAGAUCUGUAACUAUGUUGCUAGGUGCAUGUUGUUAGACAGAAAGACGUGAAAGAAAGGGCAUUAUUUGCCGACAGGAAGAUUUGAUGUUUAGAUGACCUGAACAUUAUGAUUUACUAUUCUAUCUUUUCCCUGCACAAAUCUUGGAACCAAAAAAAUCUGUUUUUUGACUAUUUUAUCACAGCCAUAUUUAUGAGUUUAUGUUAAGUGGGCUGUGCUAUUGUGCCAAGCAGAAAGCACAGCAAGAUUUAUCAGGAGACAACAAACUACUGAGAGAAACAAAAGGCGGGCAGAGAGAAAAAAAAGGAAAAAUAUUUAGAAAAGAAGAAGCGAAAGUACCAGGGGAAAUGUUAUUUGCUAGCUUUAUACAAAUCACAGCACCACACAGUAACACUUUAUAAAGCAUUUUGACAUUCACUUAAAGCUUGAAUUUUGCCAAAUGACGGAAAUGUUUGGUGCUGUAAUGUUUAUGUUGCGAGAUACUGGACCUACAGCUGUAUAUGAUGUUUAUAAUCAUAAAGCCUGAAAUGACUCAGUUAUAUAUAUAUAUUAAUCAGCUAUCUAUAGAACACUGUUGUGCUACGGCUCCUAUCAGGAAUGCUUUGCCAUUGUCUUUUUGUAUUUAAUGCACACACACACACACACACACACACACACACACACACACACACACACACACACACACACACACACACACACACACACACACACACACACACACACACACACACACACACACACACACACACACACACACACACACACACACACACACACACACACACACACACACACACACACACACACACACACACACGCUCACAUACCAUUUUGUAGAACUACCGGCAGUACUUGUAAACAUGAUGUAGGGACCUAAGUUAAAAAGAUACCUUUAUAUAUAUAUAUACAUGGUUUAUAUCAAGUAGUGAUAUAUUAUAGCUCAAUAUAUAUAUAUAUAUUUGGUAGUAUUUUAAAGAGUGCAGAUAUAUGAAGUCUGAAAGCGAAACUCCAUUUUGAAAAGUUAUAAUUUUUUACAAUCAGUUUAUUUAAUUUGAUAGAAGUAUCUUUAUUUUGUCUGCCAGGUAGGAAAACACUUUGUUCAAUACAAACUAAAGGUCUAUGAUGCGUAACAGACAUGCACUUACUACUAUUUUGCGUUCAUGAAAAUCAUUUUGUUUUUCAAUGUCUUUUCUUGCUUCCCCAAAGUGGGUCUUGAAUGGAACUGUUUUCCUCUUUUUCUUAGAUGUUUUGUUAUUUAAUAUUAUUAUAUUGGCUCCGAAAUGCAAUCAAGACUGUUAAUUUCUAUCUAUUUGUCCAACCAAAUUGUUUAUUAAUUAUUGUUGAGAUAGCCAGGUAAUCUCUACAGUAUGUAGAGACCUGCUUGUGUAUGUAUUUGUCAGAUAAAAAUAAAUAAUCAUUCACUUUACCCUAAAUGUAUAUAUAGUUUUAUUUGUCCUUUUAUAAUGUAUUUCCUUAUCCUUUUUUAUUUAAUUAAUCACGUAUUUGAUAAGAAAUAUGGAUUGUUUGCAGGUUAAAACCUAGGAACAGCAGUUUGUCCAAAGGCAGUGGAUAUAUCGAAGUGCUAUAAUUAUUCAGAAAUGUUUGAUUUCCCUGUACUCCAAAUGCAAAUGUAUUUUAAAGAACGCUCCUAUAGAAAUAUCCUCAUCCACGUUCGUACAAUAUGAUUUACCUUCAAAAUCACUGGGAGGGAUUUUAUAUAUGAAAAAAAAAGAAAAGAUUUAGCUCGUUUAUUUUACUUAAUGGAACACACUCAGCUGCAGUUGGCUUGUUUUAAAAUCUUGGCCUUGUGUUGUGUCAUACUGGGUUGCCUUCAGAAGGCACUGUACUUGUCCAAUACAUUUUUUUUUUAAACGUGUUUUAAUUUUCCAUUGCAAAAUGUGUUGUUACGGUGUGCCCUAAUGAACACGUCCCUAACCUUCCACUCUAUCUGAUCACACCUGUGCUCGUCCAUCAAACUGUUUCUGUUUUACUGUACAACGGAUGAUCUCAAGAUGACUUAUUGUUUUAGAUGUUAUUAUGCUGUACUGUAAUGGACAAAUCAAGUAAAACACUACUACAGAAACAGUUUUUUUUUUUUCAGCUGUAUUUUUUAAAAGAUGUUUUAAAUGGUGUAUUUUUCAACUCUCUUUUCAAACUACAGCGAUGCAAAACCAAUGGGCCUUUUCCUGGGCUCCACCCUGAACACAAAACAAGUCAGGUUACUAUUUUUACAUUUUUUUUUCAAGGUUUUCAAAAAUGAAUUACAUUCUCCUUUUUCUGUUUCAAUUGUACUACUGUUCCUCUAUAAUACAUAUUCCAAAUAAAACGCUUAAACUCGA